AUGAGGUUCAAGAAUGGGUUUUGGAUUCCAGCAAUCUUACUAGUUUUCUCUUUGGAUCGAGUUGCCAGUAAAAAUUGUCCCUGGAAGCAACCACUCGAGCUGAGCGCGAACACGCCCGCUCAACAAUACUCGGGAUCGGCGUUGAAGAGUGACAAAAAUCAAGCUAUCUGCACCGAGAUCUCGGAGUGUGAUGUCGACGAGUGUCCGAUCACGCUCGAUUUUGCCUACCUUUGCUCGGACGACGUGAAAGACAACAUGUUGCCAUGCAAUGAGAUCACCGCCGACGCUCUUCCAUUUAAAAUUGCUUCCAAUGGUGAAAAACCGGCAUUUACCGCCUGCAAAACAAGGGCAACUAUCGGUACACGAAAACUAAAAAGCUGUUCGUGGGACUCGGUAUCGGUGUCCAGCAAGCUUGGAGUUUUGUGGGACACGGAGACGAAAAUCGACAUGUCGACAGUGGCUUUCUUGUUUCGUGCAAACUCGCUUAUGACACCCAACACUGACUUCCUCCCGAUUCCUUUUACGACACUGGUCGACAGCUUCGAGUUCUCCCUUGAGAAAUCCGAACAAUCGACUUGGAUUGCAAUGAAUUUUGAGAAAGGAUUGCUGGAUUAUUUGGAAGUGAAAACGAAUGACAACAAUCUCGAGUGUGGCUAUGCCCUUUGGCUCUACAGCCCACCAGGAGCAAAUGGCGGAAACGAGCUCUACCAACUUUUUACGAUCAAAGAAAACGAUCCACAACAAUUCCUUGAGAACACCCAAUACAGUCUACAAAUUCCAGCUGGAUGCUCGCCGUUUAUUCGACUCGGCCAAGACAAGCAAGGAGAAAAUGCCUGGUACAAAGAAUCACAAAACGACUGCUCUGGAACGGUCGUUGUCACAACGCCCGGUUACAGGAAUUUUGAUGAUUUUGAUGAUUCGAAUCCAUUUCUAGAUGAUUAUUACCUGGAUCGAACGAUUAUUUGUAAGGAAUCCAUCACCAACAUGACUGUCGAGCUUUUGACAGAUGGUGAUGUUGGGAAUAUUGCAGUAACGGUGAACGCUUUCGAUUUUGAUCACAAUCCGAUACUCGACCAAACUUGCAUUAUUGACCAAGACACGAAAGGGUGCUCAUUUUCGGGAGUUGGAUCGAUUCAAUUGACUUGUCCAAAUGAAGAGCUUGGAGAAACCACGGGAUUGGCGGCACUCGUUCAUGUCUUAAAAGUAGAUGAUCAGAAAACAGAGGCGCCAAAUACCGAGUCAUCAACUGAGUCGACAACGGAGCAUCCAAAAACCACAAAAACUCCGAAUAACUGUCCGACGAACAUUCCAUUACUUGAUGCAACUACUCCAGCUCAGCAAUUCUCGGGCACAACAUUAAGCAAAUCGAAAACGGCUGUUUGUUACAAAAUGAUGGAAUGUGUUGGUGAUGAUUGCUCGAUCACGCUUGAUGUCACCUUCAUUUGUGCAAACGAUGGGAUCAACACCAUGAUGCCAUGUGAUUUUGACGAAAGCAAUUUGCCAAUUCUUAACGCUUUAAACAAAGAAAAAUUGAUCCCGCUGCACGAUUGUAUGAAAAGACCAUUUGGAAAUCUGUUUCUUCAAUAUUGCAUUUGGUCCUCAGAAAGUCGUGAGAUUGGACUCGAAUGGGAUCAAAUGUCAAAGAUUGAUCCGUCAACGUUUGCUUUCGGAUUUCAUGUGACCCAGUGGAUGGAAGCAAACACCAUCUUUUUCCCACUACCCUUCACAACACAGAUUGAUGACUUUAAACUAUCGCUUGGCCAGUUCGAUCAAGAUGUUUGGCUGGCAAUGAGUUUUGAGCAAGGAUUUUUGAGUUAUCUUGACGUGAACCUUAAUGAUAAUCCUGCUUGUGUCUAUGAGCUUUGGCUGUUUAGUCCACCGGGAAACAAUGGUGGAAAAGAGCUCUACAAACUUAUGACGAUCAAAGAGAAUGAUCCAGUACAGUUUCUCGAAAAUCCCAAAUACAGUCUUCGAAUUCCGGCUGGAUGCUCCCCAACGAUUGGGCUCACUCAAGACAAUCGAGGGAUAAGAGGAUGGUACGAUGAAUCACAAGGAGUUUGCGCGGGAACGGCUCUCGUCACAACGUACAACUACGGAAACGAAGACCCACAAACUGUAAAUCCCGUCAAUUACUACCUAAAUAGAAGCCUUUUUUGCAAUGAAUUCCUCAUCGACAUGACUAUCGAGGCAAUGCGCAUCAUCAAAAUUGCACAAUCCAUGGCGACGGCCAAAAAUGCUCCUUUACAAGCGUUGGCUCAAUUCAACUCUCUUGCCCGAGAAACCAAA